CUACGUAGAAUCUAUGCAUGUUCGUAGGUUAGCCAUCAAAACGUUCACUACGUAAAACUUAUAAAUAUUGGCCUAGGAAUCACUAGGAAUAUAUUCAUCAAUGUUUGUAUUAUUGUUCUAAAAAGAAUCAAGGUGUUAAGAGAAUGAGUCAAGCAGCAGGCAACGAUGGACAGGCUGUCCCACAUGGGGAGCCUGAGCACGUGAGCAUGCACACGGAAGCGUCGAGCUUCACACCCCAGCAGGCCCUAGAGCAGGCAGCCCCAGGCGCGGGCCCUGUUCUAGGAGUCGUUCCUAUCAACCAGCCGCAGUUCGCGGCUAACUUCAUGAACUUCCUCCAGCAGUUGGUUGGCGCAUAUGUUCCACCACCGCCACCACCGCCACCACCGGUGGCUGUGGUCACUAUCGAGAAGCUCUGGAAGAAUGGAGCUGAGGAAUUCCUAGGCGACCAGAUCGCCGACCCCAUGAUCGCUAAACGAUGGUUUGAGCGAACCAUCCGAGUUUUAGGGAACCUUAGGGUUCCACAAGAUCAGCGUGGCGACCUCGCAGUCGCAUUACUCCAGGAUUCCGCUUACGACUGGUGGAAGCGCGUGGGAGCAGACGUCCCUGAGCCCAUGCAGUGGGCCACAUUCGAUCGACUCUUCCAUGAAGAGUACAUUCCGGAGCACUUCGUCGAGGCGAAGCGAGAGGAGUUCUUGAAAUUCACCCAGGGCAAACUCACACUACCUGAGUAUCGUCAGAAGUUUGACGAACUCGCAGAGUUUGGGCAAGACCUCGUCCCAACCAUGGAGAAGCGGUGCAAGCGCUUUGUGGAGGGUCUACGCCCCGACAUAUCAGCCCAUCUGAUCACUGCUCCUCGGAUGUGUAAGAUAGAUCUUGCUCACCAGUUCUUGAUGGGGUUGAAUGAUGCAUAUUACGGGAUCCUGCAGUCAAAUCUACUGGCACAGAAUCUUGUACCGCCCGUUGGGAGAAUCUAUAACAAACUAGUGCAGGAUGGAACGACACAGAACUCCAUGCACAAAAGGAGAAGGAACAUGGAUAUCCUGAGGGCUGGGUCUUUUGAGAUCAGAGUGGGGGAGGAAGAGGAAGCAACCAUGACAGUGCCCGCGGUCCAGGACAAGGAAACGGAUGGUCGACCGAGGGUGCUGGAUGGUCGACCGCCAGUAGAGGUCGUGGUGGAGCACAAGCCGUGUAGAGGCUUUUCUCAACCAAACUACAAAAAGUGGAGCCGACUGUUUCUUCUUCUUGCACGUCGGUUCAACCUCCAUUAUCUUGAUGGCUCUAUCGUUCCCAUCUCCGACGACGACGAUGAAUGGUUUCAACUUGACGCCAUUCUCCAGGGUUGGAUUCUCUCCACCAUCACGGAUGAAGUCUCUGAUCUGGUUAUUUCCUCUGUCUCUACUGCCUCUGCUCUCUGGAAGAUGAUUCAUGAUCUGUUUCACGACAACAAACAUGCUCGCGCCAUGCAACUCGAGCACCAAUUCCGCACCACGGUCAAGGGAUCUACCCCCAUGGCCACUUAUUGUCAAGAACUCCGAAAUAUUGCGGAUUGGUUGGACGACGUCGACGCUCCUGUCUCAGAGCACCAAUUGAUUCUUCAGAUGCUACACGGCCUUCCCGAUGAUCUCCAGGCUCAGACCUCGUUCCUCCAAUUUCAGGAUCCCAUGUCGAGCUUUCUUCAGGUCCGGUCGGCCCUCCUCCUUCUUGAUCGGCAACGGACCCCACUGGGCAGCACCAGCAGCACGGCGCUUUUGGCAGAGCACGGCGGCAGCGGCUACACCGGCGGACAGCACAGCGGCAAUGGCGGGCGCGGCUCCGGCAGUAACUUCGGCAGUGAGGGACACUUUUUUGGCAGCAACUAUGGUGAUGGUUCCUUCUCCGGGUAGCGUGGUGGCUUUAGACGCGGACAAGGGCGCGGCAACGGCAACCGGGGUCGUGG